GAAGGAACCGGAGGGAAGUAGGAGAAGGAGAAGAAGAAAGCGGCACUGCGGGAAACUGGCUGGGUGGGGUUCGGCGGUGGGACGGGGCUUCCGAAGACAGGGCGCGAGGUUCGUCCCCUCGGCGGAGAGAGCGGGAGAUCUGCGUCCAGAGGCCCGAAAGGCCUGGCGGUUGGAGCCACGGGGCGAGCUCGGGAGUUUUUUUUGCCACCGAAGCGCCGUGAAGAAAUCCUGUUGUGAAUAGUUGAACGUUGAAAAGCACAGGUCAGUCAUGGCUGAGUUGUCACCUGAAGAAAUUCAACUGAGAGCCCAUCAAGUUACAGAUGAAUCUUUGGAAAGCACAAGGAGGAUCCUUGGCAUGGCCAUUGAGUCCCAAGAUACUGGAAUCAAAACCAUUACCAUGUUAGAUGAACAAGGCGAAAAGUUAAACAACAUAGAAGAAGGUAUGGAUCAAAUAAACAAAGACAUGAAAGAAGCUGAAAAGAACUUGACAGAGCUUAAUAAGUGCUGUGGUCUCUGUGUCUGUCCAUGCAAUAGAACAAAGAACUUUGAGGCUAAUAAAGCAUAUAAGACAACUUGGGGUGAGAACUGUGAAAACUCAGGUGAUCAUAUAAUAACCAGACAACCAGGACGGGAAGGAAAUUACCAACAACAGACCUCAGGAGGACCAGGUGGAGGAUACAUAAAGCGGAUAACAAAUGAUGCCAGAGAAGAUGAGAUGGAGGAUAACUUAACUCAAGUAGGACACAUCUUGGGAAAUCUGAAAAAUAUGGCCGUGGAUAUGGGCAGUGAGAUUGAUUCACAAAACAAGCAGAUAGACCGGAUAAAUGAGAAGGCUGAAACCAACAAAAACCGUAUUGAGCAAGCCAAUACAAGAGCCAAAAAACUUAUUGAGAACUGAUAGCCAUUGCCAGUUUUCAGUCAACUGAAAUAUUUUUUCAUUCUACAAAUAUCCUCAAUUUCCAAAGAAGAGAAGCAACUGUUCAGAAAAUGAAACAAAGCAGAACAUUAUAUUAUUGUAUUGUACAUGUUUAGUAUGAAAGUCCAGGAAAAUAGCACAACAAAAGUGUAACUUUCUUAUUCAUGUUCAUAUCCUCAGGGCUUCAUUUUCCUUGGUUUUGUCCUUUCUGUGAGGUUAGUCUUAUCACCACCACCACCCUUUUGCCCCCCCCUUUACUUUCCUUAUGGCAACUCAGAGAUGAGUGCAACCAACUGAUUAUAAUGGCAAAGAGAAUACACUCACUAGAUUUAAUUACCUCAAUUAAUACUGCAUAUAAUCGCUGAAUUGGUGGAUGAUUGGUUUUCAUAAAAUGUACAUAUUUGUAGAAAUUAAGCUUGUCCCUAUUUUUCAAAAUAUUUGAUUUCAUUACCAAGCUUUUCAUGAUGGGGAAAGAUGAUAAUGGAUAUAUUAUAAAGUAUACUUUCAAGCCAUAGCUAUUCUAAUUUGCAUGCAAAUUAGGUAAAUAAGCAUAUAAAAAUCCAUAAUGCAUAAAUGCAACUCUAAAUUUAUUUCUCACUUUUGUCUCCAAAAAAUUGGAUUUUUCAAUCCUAAUUUUGUUUGCUUCUUUCACAGAAACUAUGUAUAUUAGUGGAAUUAGAGGAAAGGGCAACUCAGAUAGUUUAACAUGAAGCAUAUUACCUUUGGUCAUUUGGAAUCUCGUGAGAUUGCAAGGAAAUUAAAAUAUGCCUUUAUAUAAAUAUCCUGAACUUCUGCUAUUUUUUUUUCAAAAUGUGUAUUUGUAGGUAUUAAUAUUGCUGUGAUUGGUUUAUGAAAUCUAUGUGGAUCUUUUAAAACAUUUUAUCAGAAAUGGACAAACUUAAUUCAUAAAAGUAUUCCUUAUAGAAAUGGGGUAUCCUUUUAAUAUAAACAAUUCAUACAAUCUGUACAAAUCUGUAAAGGGCAGCAUAUUGUGAUUUCUAUACUGUAUUAAAAAUAUUUGGGGAGUUUAAAACAUCAAAAUCAGAGCAUAAUCUAAGUUUGAAUGAAGUCAAAAGCCAUCUGCUUGUUAGUGAUAUUAAUAACUUUCAUAUUUUCUAUCUGGACUAUAAAUACAUUCUCACGCUUUUUAAAAAAAAUCAGUUUCAAGCACCACUUUAUUAUUAAAAUUGAUCUGAACUUGAUCCAAUUCACAAAAUUUUAAAUAGUGGCAUGGUUCUGCAGGCACCACAAAUUAUGAUUUAUUGUAUUUGAAUUGCUGCUUGUCAAAUUUUCUUUAAAAAUGUUAGUAUGUGGGAGAAGGAUCCAAGGGAAAUCACUAUGAAUCACUGUUAAUGAGCUGUAAGCUGUUGAAUGGGUCACAUGGUGUAGUUUGCUGUAAUAAGUACUUGACCUAAGAGCCUAUUUCAGUUUGCUCCCAUUGCAGGAUUAAGGUUCUUGAUUUGGUUUUUCUAUCAUAUAGUUAUACAAAUGACUAAAUUUCAAAUCUACUAGGUGCCCAGUCUUUUGCAAGAAAGCUUUAAUUCUCUUCUAAUUAACCCACCAAAUUGUUGACUUAUUCAACAGCACAAUGUUUAGUAGAAUUCGUAUUUUAUUCAACUUGAAGCUAUAAAGUUCUUCUAGUCCUUGCAUGUUUUGCUGCAAGUCUAAAAGAAUGACCUACAACAAUGUAGAUACUAUAAAGCUCAAAACAAAUCUAAUUGUACUGUGAUUGUUCUUAAAUAAUUUCUUCAUGCUUUAUUUCUUUACACAUUUCCAACUGAAUGUUUAAUUUUUAUUAUAAAGCUUAGUCUUCUAUAUAACCUUGUACAAUGGAAUGCUGGAAUUAUAGCAUAGUGCACAUCUCUCUUAAAUUUUGUUUAUUAAUACCAAAACAAAUUGCAGGAUUUGGCUGGAAAAUAUAUUCUGCAGAAGCAACACAAUUCCUCCAGGAGCUCUACUUUUAAUUUUUUUCUAGUAAUAUUUUAUGAAGCUCUAAUUAGUUGAACUACUGAGCAAAAUGGUACUCUAACAUUUCAUCACUAGAUUGUAUGGGAACCAUGAACACUUGCUUUAGUAAUAAACAAAAAAGUUGAAAAUUGAUACCAUAAUCAUCUGGUAUUACAAUUUGUGAAAAAUGAUAAAUUUUGUAUAGCUUAGUAUCACAAGACAAAUCUGUCCUGUAUACUUGCUGGGCUCAAUAAAUAUAAUUUAUAAAUCUU